CUUUUUUUGAUUUGUAUCCCCGCCCAGACUACUAUGCGCUGCUGUAGCAGCACAAUAGACGAGUAUCCUUCUCCAUGAUGGAUACCCCGACGAAAUGGAUAACGUCGAUGAUUGAACGCCUCUUGAGCUCCUAUCUGAAUAAAUCUUCGAUUAAAAUCCCUUUUGAGAACGACCAGAGCAACCUCCGCUUCCGCACACAUGUCGUUAAGAGCGUUCUGGUGAACAGUUGUACGGAAGACCGCCACUUUAACAAACUCAAUGUAACCGACUCGGAUGCCCAAAUCGAAGCGAUCUUUUCCAGAGAGGCGCUGGAGGACUAUCAGAAGAGAUACCCACAGCAUCCGUUCAGCAAAGAGGAGGUACGGGGAUACCGUGUUCAGCUGGAGGAUUUUGAGCUGGUCUUAGAGUAUACCACGGCAACCCCGAAGGUUCAUCUCUAUGUCCAACGUUUCAAGGUAGAAUGGGGCUCGGCCAGGGUCAAGACACCCCCAAAGGGGAAGACCCUUCGGAAACAUCCGGUUUAUAAGUUGAUGCAAGAUGCGUCCAGAGACGCCAAGCAAUCUCUGCAGCAUAUUAUGGCGCCUGCCCCUCGACGUAAUGAUUCUUUCUCUUCGCAGACCCAUCAAACGUUCCAGAUGCCUGCCUCGCAGAAUGGCUUCAUGUCCCAGAUCAGCGGGCUGGGACUAAUAUUCCAUCGGAUCAACUGGGGCGCGUACCUUCCCUCCCUCCGACUCCGAAUCACCAGCAUGGAAUUGCGGUACCUGCAGCAAUGGCAAACAUACCAUCUGCCAGCCGCGCAACCCGUCCCGCGCCCAUCGAGCAAUCAGUUCCUUCGGUUGGCUUCGCAGCCUCCUCUCGCCAAGGACAGCGUAUCUCUGUCCAGAGUAUCAAGGAACUCUGCGCCACCAAAUAGUGAAUUUGAAGCGGAGCGACUGCCACAGCUAGCAGUCAAGGAGAAGCAGCCGCUGGAGAAACUGGGACUUUGCCUUGAAGACCCCUGGAAGGACUUGACGCGGAUUGAGGAACGGGAUAUUCGUAUACCCAAGGACCAACAGAAUUUACUAGGGUUAUAUAAGCGCCGCUGGAUACCACCUCUACCCGGGGAAAGCAAACCACAAGGCCACGUACCACCUCGUCUACUUGCUCAGUGGAACACUAUUGUGACGCGAAGAAGCCGGGCCGCUAGCGAAAGGUCACUGGAAAAGGCAACACCGGAAGCGCUUCCAUUAGAACGGCCUUCACUUGGUCCUCCCAGCCCUACCCCUCGAGCCGAUUCAGACUCAGAAGGCGAACCUUUGACGUCGCAGUGGUCAGAAAGCUCCCCUGAACAGACCAUACGUCGACGUCCGGCUCUGCCUGAAGACAGUAGCCCUAUAAGGGGGAGCCCGCGCAGGCUAGGGCGCAAUGUACCGGUGGCAGAUAGACCCAAAGUGCAAGCUGAUCGUCUGACCGAGGAGUCUAUUCCAGAUUCCGAUCAGCGUGCUCUAAGCACGAUAUCUGAGAAACCAGGGGGCAUUGCUGGCAGGGCCAAAACAGAUAUACAUCCUGCUAGGCGAAGCAUCCCAGUCCGAGCCCAAAGUCUACGAGAUGACUCGGAUGGCGACAGCGAUGACUCCAUGAUGGAUACCUCUGUGCCCUGUCCACUAGGGGUUGAAUUAUCUCAGUCGCAGUUUUUCACUCAGUCGGAGCGGGAGAUAACCAGCUCAGGUCCGUCUCUUCCUGCGCCCGCUACACAGGAUCAGGUGCAGGUCGUUGAUACUCCCGAGACAAACUUUGGACGGUUCCGCCAUUCUCAGCCCGAACUGAGUAGCAAAGCCCCGGAAAUGCAGCCCUUUAGUACCCAGUCACCCAGUGUAGACAAAUCUUCGUCUCAGUCACGAAUUCUGAAUUCAGUUGGGAGUAACACCGACAAAGGGUCUUCCUCUCAAAUCCUUUCAAAUGAUCAAUCGCGGGGCACCAACGCGGAAAUCCGGGUAGACAUUGCAGGGACACAGAUGAGCAAUCAAGACCUGUCAACGCAGGACCCAGCGCCCGGUUCUACCGCGGAUAUGGUUCUAGAUUCAAGUGCCCCAAGACUGCGUGAAGCGAGUGUGAUCAUGGAAGUCGCAAUGCCCUCAUCUCUACCGCUCGAGACCAGUGGUCAAAAAGGAGCUAGCUCCGAAUUCCGGGCACAGAGAUCGUCAAACAGGCAUUCCGUGGGAGUGGUCUCGAAACGGCCUGCGUCUGCUCUCGAAGACGAGGCAAGUGGCCCAUCCAAACGACCUCGAACGCAGCCGCCUGAGACAGCUCAUGAACCAACUUCCAGCGCAUUGCAUCCACAGAGCCCCCGCAAUCCCGCUGAUAGCUGGGAAGCUCAGCAGACUUAUGGCAAGUUCUGUCGUAAUUAUCCAAACUAUACUGGCGACUUUCAUCACUUCACCAAGCUUUGCUCUAAGCUUCAGGCUGUGCGAGCCAAGGGCCACCUGCAACGGUCGUUUCUAUGGGAUGACUUCAUUAUCAAGCAUCUCGAAGAGUUUCCUGGCUAUAUACAGCAAAACCAGAUGUCAGAAUCCAAGUCCAUGGAUUACGAGGACUAUUUUGCAUCUACGUUUUCCCGACCUGUUUACAAGAAGCGAAGCCUGACAGCGCAGGGUAUUGCAAUUGCAGCAGCACAGUAUGACCCAGCCAGGAAGGAGCCUGCUCCUGCACAUGCUUCGCCAACCAGGCCAGAAACCUCGUUCACCGGCAGCCUUGUGGACCGCUUCACUAAUUUGCAUGCUCACUCUUUCGAGCUAGGAAGUCAGGCCACCUUAUCCGACACUGAUAUGGAUAUAUCGUCUGUAAUGUCGUCGCCCACUCCACAUCGCCAGCCCCACUCCGUCGUCCAGGAUGGGGCUUGGAAUACGACACGCCAUACAGAAAAAAAGCCCCCCGAGGAAGAUGCGUCUUCUGACCUUGCGUCAGCAGAGCGGCUCGUGAUACCUACAAGCUCCGCUAGCGCUUACGAGUCUGCCCUGGAAUAUGCCACCAUACACGAAGAUAUUACCGUCUUCGAGAAGGGGGAGAUCUUGGAGUUUAGUGGCCUAGAAAGUGGGGAGAUAUCUGAGGCAGCGACACCAACUCCAGGCAACCAAGUUUCAGCGUUUGAGACUGCGCAGCACGGACAGCACACUGGGGAGCAUUACAUGGAUGAUCGAGAUACCGCUGCAACACCCGCAGACCCAACUACCGUGGUUGAGUCCGAGCAGCACGCUUCGCAAGUCGAGGAAAGUUCGAUGGCUGAUCGCGAUGCUACUCCAACACCCGCGGAACCGAUGACAGUGGCUGAAUCCGAGCAGCCCGCUUCGCAAGCCGAGGACAAUUUGAUGGCCGAUCGGGACGCCACUCCAACACCAGCGGAGUCAGUCCCUGUGGUUGAGUCCGAGCAGCAUGUUUCGCAAGUCGAGGACAGAUCGAUGGCCGAUCGCGACGUCACGCCAAUACUAGCUGAGCAAAUCCUCGCUGUUCAGCCUCAACAGCAUGCUUUGCAAGCCGAGGACAGCUUGAUGGCCGAUCGCGAUGCCACUCCAGCACCAGCGGACUCAGUCCCUGUGGUUGAGUCUGAGCAGCAUGCUUCGCAAGCCGAGGACAGCUUGAUGGCCGAUCACGAUGUCACUCCAACACCAGCGGGGCUAAUCAUCGCUGUUCAGUCUCAGCAUGAAUCGCAAACUAAGAGUCAGACUGUAGCUGACCAAGCUGCUGAGACGACAGUGUCCGAGCAUGUGGUGAUCAGCCAAGUAGACGAGCUUGAAGGCAACCAAGAUGUUUCAAUGGGCGAGCCGGAAAGCCCGGAUAGAUCGAUCAUGGAAGAUGCUGACAAUAUGGUUGGCCAAGAGUCGGAACCGGUGGCCCCAGAAGAAAACCUGGAAGUGAUCAGUGCAAUGAACGCAGCACCUUCAGUGCUUGAGGCGCAUGCCAAGGUACCUGCUGAAGACGCCCACGCCGCCGUCAAUCAAGGGGCAGAAGAAACGGACACAGGAGAAAACCCGUCAUCAGUGAUUGCAGCUAGGGAAGUUACUCUGGAAGAACAGAACGAGUUGAUUGUGGAAGACAUACAUGACACAGUCGGCCAGGAAGCCGAGGAUAUUGACUCAGCGGAGCACCUUCAACCCGUCGCUGCGGUGGACCAAGCAGGACCUAUGGCCGCGGGGGAACAAAGUCAAACUCAAUCCCACGGCACACCUGACCAAGAAAGCCAAGAUGUCGAUAUGACAGUAGAAAGUCAACAGUCGUCGAUUCUAACCACGCUAGAUCCUGAUGGCCAUGGAACUGCGCCAUUGGACUUAGCAGAACAGUCACAGGCCAUUCUUGCAGAGGACCAGGCUAGGUCUCCCGAACCAGAAGAGCAUGAUGAGUCGACGGGGCAGCACUUGCCAUAUAGUGCAGCAGGGGAGCUAAAUAACUCCGAGUCGGAAGAACAAGAUGCGCCGAUUAAUCAAGACACUCCCACAGUUGAUCACAGAAGUCGGGCCUCCGAAGAACGGGGAGAACACGACCAAUUGGUCAUACAAGACAUCCAAGACUCAUUUGGUCAAGAAAAUGGAGCAAUGGACUCAGCAGGAAUCCUGCAUUCUAUUGUUGCAGAGGAUGGGGUAGUGCCCGCCCAGCCCUUUGCUGGAGGCACCAAUGAUGUGCCUGCCCAAGAGGCGGAUGCAAUAAAUUUGGCUGAGCUAGACACUGUUGUUGCAGGAGAUGAAACAGUAUCUGCCAAGCAACCUCUGUUAGAACAAUUGGAGCCCUCGGACGCGGAGACUGAGAGCGCGGACGAAGAUCUGCAUUCAUCUCUUGCAGUGGAUGAAGCUGUGUCUGCCAGGCAACCUCUGGUAGAACAACCGGAGCCCUCGGACGCUGAAACUGAGAGCGCGGACGAGGCGCCGCGCUACCCCAUGGUUGCGGUCGAAGUGAGAUCCGUUGGAAAUGGUUCAGUUAAGUCAGAAGAGCUCUCCGAUGCUGAUGUGGAGAGCGAUGUUGAGCAGGUGCACUCUGUUCUUGUAGAAGAUGAAGCCAGCGCUGCCGACCUAGCUCUGCCAGAUCCAGCAGAGCACUCAGACAUUGAUAUGGAGAGCGAUACCGAGAUUCUGCCCUUUGUCCCGGCGAAGCACGCAGCCAACUCGGCCGAACACGCUCUAGUAGAACCGGCCGAGCACUCAGAUAUUGUUAUGGAGAGCGAAGUAGAGCUGCUGCUCUUCGACGAUACAGACGACAAAGCUAGCUCAACCGAGCAGGCACCAGUAUCUCCAGAAAUACACUCCGAGAUCGAGACUGCGGGCCCAGCCGAUCCCAACGCGACGACCGAGUCCGAGUCCGAGGAGGACGAAGAAAACGAUGAUUCCAUGGACAUUGGGGAACACCACGAGACCGCCAGCAUUGAACUAGGCGACGAACCGCCGUCCCCGCCGCCUACUACUCGACCGCCAGCGCAGCCCGAGAUCGUAUCCGAGGCGGAGAGUGACACUGAUGAUGAGAUCAACGAGAAUUGGUUCCUGUCCCUCCGCCAUCUCCGUCCGACAGCACCGGUCUGGUCGGACGACCCCAACACCCCUUUCAAGCAGUGGGUUCGAGCCGACCAGGCGAUUCUGAGCGAACGUGACCGCCGCGGCGGGGCCUACCUUCCUGUCGAUGCGAAAGGGGUGAUUCAACGACCGGGCUAUCGAUAACUUUUCAUUUUCAGGGGCUUAUCUUCUACUUUUCUAUUCGGGGUCUAUCUCUUACUCUUCUUUCCCUUUCGGUGUACAUCUUUACGUGGGACUUAUUUGUUAUUCUGCUGAUAAAAAGCGGGCGACAUGAACUAGAUGAUUAUCCUCCGAUUCGAUGAGAGAGUUGCGAGCGGUUUAAGUUCGGAUAAGGAUCCAGGUUUAUGACUACCACAUUUUGUAUUCUAUUGAAAUGCUGCUGGUGCGCAUCGCAUAAUGAUACC